AUGGUUGCAAAUGAUCCCAAUGUUCCUGAGGAGGAAAUUUUAGAUGAAGCUAACUACCCCCGACGCCUUGGAAAGCAGCCCAUGAUGGUGGAUAAAAGAGAUGACAAAGAGAAACAACAAGGUCGUGAACGAAAUAUUCAAAAUCCAGAGAGGUAUCAAGUUUGGCUUAGAUCGCGUGAAAAAAAUAAAGUUCUUGUGACAGAGCUAGACCGACAAAUUGCCGAAAAGAUAGAGGACGUCAAAGAAAAAGUGAUUCGUGGCGAAAUUACAGCUCUGGGUCGAGAUGACAUCUUGACUCAAGCAUUAGGGACACCAGAACACCCAGGUCGUGUUCGAGCUGGCGGGUUCACUGCGACCGUUUCCAAAAUGUUUGGAAAAAAACAUAAAACAAUGACUGCAAGAGAGGAGAUUGCUCGACUAAAAGCUGAGAUUGAAGAGCUAAAAAGACAUAAAUUUAGCACAGAAGAGGAAUUAGCUCAAAAUGAAGAAUAUAAUGAGGAAAACGAUGAGUGUGGAUACAACGAUGAAGGGCAAUUUGAUGAGGGACACUAUUAUGAGAAUACAAGUGAUGAAGUCUAUCGACCUGCCCCCAACGCAGAUGAUCAUUUUCAUAAAACCGAAGACUAUCCUUUUGAUGAAGAUGAUGGAUCAUCAAUUUAUGAGUGUACUCAUUGUACCAAACAUGGGUAG